GCAAAGAAGACACCCCAACCUUAGCAACUCCCUCACGUCUAUUUUCCUCCCUUGCUGGAAACUUUGAGUUUGUGGUCAAGUUCACAAAACUCGGGGUGACUCUUUGCCAUGCAAUUUGUGACCGCAGGGAGCCCACAGUCUUUCUCUACUCCAAGCUGGAAGGUCGAGAGCCAGUAUUCCACCAGAGUACUCACUGGGAACUGGGUGGAAGAGCGAGAGAAGUUCACCAAGGCCUCGGAGAAAACCCCCCAGUGCACCUACAGAAGCGACUUCAUCCAUUUCCCAGGCCACAGGCCUGAUCAGGUCUCCAGGUGGUACGGGAAGAGGAAAAAUGAGGGGCUCCCCUACAAGCACGUGAUGGAGCAGCGCCAGGGGCCCCCCCACGGCCACCUCAUCAGCUCCUACGACGACCACUACAACCGGCACAACUACAACCCGGGGCAGCCCCUGUGCCGUGUCUGGAACCGACACACGAACACGUGGGUCCCCGAGAGGAGUGACCGGCCCCUUCUCGCACCUCCCACCAACUAUGGGCUCUACGAGCGGCUGCGGCAGUGCUGGCUGGCGCCUGAGGAGCACCCAAGGAGGAGUGUCUACGCCAUGUCCUACCGUGCCCCCCCGCUGAGCGCCUUGUCCUGGGGCAAGCACGCCGUCCCCCUCCUGUCCCCUCGCUUCAAGCCCCCCCAACAUGUGGUUUGAAGAGCUGCCGCCCCACCAGAUAUGGAGAGCAGUGAUGAGCCAGCUCUGCCCACACCCCCCCCCCCCGCCAUCCGCCCUGCAGGCGCCGGGUGUUUCUCCCCGAGUUUCGUACCCGAGC